UAGAACAGACGUGAUCUCAAGAGGACGUGUCUCUCUCUCGAGUUUUAGAGCCGCCGACAACGAAGUCGAAACGUGAAUUAAACGCCACAUACAACAACAGCAACAACAACAGCAAAUGAGCAGAUCGUGUGCGUGCGAGUGUGUGUGUGUGUGUAUUAGUGAGUGUGUGAUGAACGAGCGAAUUAAUUAAAAGAUAAUCACAACAAAUUAACGACACAUAUUUUUGCAAUUUGAACUCGCGCGUUGCCAAUUGCCGCUUGACAGUGCAAUGUUUCAAUAGAAUCCACAACAACAACAGCAGCAACAAUUGCAACUACAAUAACAAUAAUUACAAUAACAACUAAGUGCAACUGAAUAUCACUGGCUAUAUGUUAAAGCUGUCCAACAACGUGAACGUGAACGCAACGACCAGGAGCACGAACAGCAGCAGCAGCAGGAGUAGAAGUAGAAGUGGGAGCAGAAGCAGGAGCAGCAGCAGUUGCAGGAGCAUGACAGUGACUGGCCUGCGUCAAACGAUGACCAGCCCGACGGUGCCGCCAACCACAACGCUGAGCAGCUCCGGCAGCAGCAGCAGCAACAGCAGUUUGAGCAACACGCUGACCUCCACCGCCGGCAGCGCUGCACUGCAUCCGCUGUCCAGUCCGACAUCGCCGUCGGCGUUGCUACUGGCACAUCAGCAACACCUGCUGGCACAGCAUCAGCAGCAACAGCAGCAGCAGCAGCAGCAGCAACAACAACAGCAACAGCAGCAACAACAUCAGCACGCAUUGCAGCUGGCUGCAGUGCAUCCGGCGCCACAUCAUCUGCAUAAGAGCAGCUCCAGGCUGAGUAAUUUCAGUGUCGCCUCCUUGCUGGCGGAUACGCGACCACGCACGCCCAAUACCAGCGAUGCGCCCACGAAUCUUUCCAGCUCCGCCGCCACAUCGCCCAUCUCACAGAGCAGCGCCGCGGGCACACCGCCGCCAGCAGUUCAGCCGCCAGCUGUGCCGCCCACGCACGCGUUUCAUCCCGCCGCUGUAGCGCAUCACGCCCACUUGCUGCAAGCCGCCCAUGCGGCGGCGGCAGCGCACGCCCAAGCACAUCAACAACACCAGCAGCAUCAGCAGCAGCAGCUGGCCAUGGCGCAACUGCGUCAGGCGCAAGCGGAUGCCCGCGCCAGCUCCCCACCCGCCUCAGCCUCCGCCAGCUCCACGCCCAGCUCGACGCCCGUAGCGCUGCAUGCAAUUGGCGCCAGCUCCACGCCCGCCAAAAAUGAACGCCACUCGCCGCUGGGCGGCAGCAGUCACACGGACUCCGAGUUGGAAUACGACGAGGACAUGCUGCACGAACAUGACGCCGAUCACGAUGAGGAGGAGGACUCCAUUGUGGACAUCGAGGACAUGAAUGCCGACGAUUCGCCGCGCUCCACGCCCGACGGUCUCGACAGCAGCAGCAAAUCUCUCGAAAACUCCCACGGCGUACUACACGGUUCCGGUGCCGGCUCCGGCGCGGGUCAAAUGCAAGCCACAAUCCUAUCGCCAGCAGCAUUAGCCGCCAGCGGUCAUGUGCCCAUCAGACCAACGCCAUUCACAGCUCUGGCCGCUGCCGUCGCCUGGGGCGGCAUGGGAGGAGGCGUGCCAUGGCCAGGAGCACGCCAAAUGCCGCCAUUCGGACCGCCGGGUCUGUUUCCAGGACAGGGUUUCGGAGGAGAUGCCAAUGAGCCGCCUCGCAUCAAGUGCAAUCUGCGUAAGCAUAAGCCAAACCGAAAGCCCCGCACCCCUUUUACCACACAGCAGCUGCUCUCGCUGGAGAAGAAGUUUCGGGAGAAGCAAUAUUUGAGCAUUGCGGAGCGUGCCGAGUUCUCAUCGUCACUGCGACUCACGGAGACGCAGGUGAAGAUUUGGUUUCAAAAUCGUCGCGCCAAGGCCAAGCGGCUGCAGGAAGCGGAAAUUGAGAAAAUCAAAAUGGCGGCACUGGGUCGAGGGGCACCAGGCGCACAGUGGGCCAUGGCCGGUUACUUUCAUCCGAGUCUAAUGCAUCUGGGAUAAGUGGCGGCCAAGUUGGUGUGCACUCCAAAGUAACACACCAGCAGCACACCACAAAUAAAAAGGAAAAAAAAAUAUAUUAAAAAAAAACAACAGCCAGAACGACAACCAAAUAACUGAGCCACGCCCUCGGCCCCAGCCGCCAGCACGCCCCCCAAAGAGUCGUGUUUGCUUAAAGAAAAACCCCAAAAUUUUGCUGUGAUGUUAGCGCAUUUUAAUUUACGAUACUUCCAAAUGUUGUUUAAAAUGCACUCUGUAAAUACUGUAAGCA